UUUUUCCCCUUAUCCGAAAUCAAACAAACGUCUUCUAACCCCUCCCCUUAUUUUUUACUUAAUCUGCAUGCCCCAUCCCCAAACAAAAAAUACCUUUUUGAACCCUCCAUCCUCAUCCCCUCCCUGCUUUCCCGCUUGUUGCUUUUCGCUAUCCCACACACCCCUUCGCCCCGCCCCUUCAUCCCCACCCCCUGUCAGACUGGGACAGCGACCACGCCCCGCAGAGAACGUCAAAGCCGCGCCAAACAGCGAACACCGCGUACGCCGCUCAGAACCCCGCGCAGUGGACAAGACCAGAAGGCGGAGGUUCAAGUCCUGUCCGCCAGAUCCAUUCCUGAAGAAAGUGGCAAUGCGACAGAGCAGUCUGGUGUCAUUAGCAAUGCUGCGACAUCAAAAGCAGACACUGGGUUAACAGGAAAACAAAGUAUUGUUAACAACAAAACAUCACCUGAAGUAGGGAGUGGGCAAGGCGGAAAUCAUAGCGUCCCUAGCAACGGAACAUCAGGACAAGAUUACUCUAACAACAUAUUGGUUGAUGAGACAGCAGCUGUAAAACCGAGCUCACUUCGGACAGUGGCAGAAGACAAAAUAUCUGCCCGAAUUUCGGGAAGGCGGAGUGUGGGGGAGAUUGAGGUCGGAAAGAAAAUACUAAACUCUGAACGAGUGUCGAGUCCGAGGCGAGAGCUCAAUCUAGGCAACGGGGCCUCCACUGACGUGAGGGCCAGGGUGCAGGCGUUUGAAUCUGGGAAGAAAAGACUUGAAGAUUUGAAAUGGGACCAUCAGGAAUCAGAAACGAGUGCAGAACUCGUUCAAAGUCAAGUCUCUCACGUCCGAACGGGUCCACCAGGUGUCAAUGGCAGUAUGCCAUCAGCUGGGAAUAGAACCCCUGUGGGUCGUGGGGAGAUACCGGUGUCAGCGGCCGGGGUUCGAUCCCCAAAACCGUCUUUCCGAUCAAUGAAAUCUUCCUCUGACACCGACUGGGACGACCGACUCACCGAUAUCGUCGACGCCAACAGACAGAGACUACAGCACGACGAUACCAUGGAUCGGUUCACUGAUUUCGAGUUGGGAUCGUCAUACGACGAUAUUUUCAACGCCGAGGGAGGAGGGAGCGUGUCCAGUGGAGCAGGGGCCGACAGCCACAAAAGACUUCUGAGCACGGGAGAGUUUGUGCCGGUGUUUACGGAAAAAUUGGUCCAAAAAGCCACGAUUCACGUUGUGUCUGUCAAACCUGACAACAAGCAAAAUUCUGACUCCUCUACUUCUAGCCAUCCGAAAUCGAUCUUGAAAACUCGGUCAAGAGAUGAAGGCUCAAGGGAAAAUUCCUCAACCAGACAAAAGAAUCGAUCCUCUCAAAAAGAAAGAGACCUCAGGCGAUCCACGUCCAGAUCAAGAAAGAGCCCAUUGACCCCCAAACCCCCGCCGUCUGACAGCUCCAGCUCUGAGGACGAACAUUUCAUUCCCUUCACCACAGAUCGUGAUGACGUUUUGUACCAAGCGGAAGGGGGGCGCUCUUCGAUGCAGGAGAACAGGCUCAACCGUCUCGGCAGCGACUCGAGCUCUAAGGCGACGGCCGCCAAAACGCCUCCUAAGAUGGAAAGUAUGUCUGAAAACGAGUCUCUAUUCAGUGGAGAUGACGUGUCGGCGAGGAACUCGAUCAGUAUCACGACCUCUGUGGAAAACCUCAGCGACUGCUCCACAGACAUGAAGAGCAAUGACGUCACUAUCGUUGAGAAAAGCUUCUACGACAGCAACGAAAAUCUCAAUUCUACACUCUCGAACUCUGAUGGCUUCCAGACUGCGGAGCAAGCAGCAAAUAUGACUUUGACCCCACGAGGAAAUAUUUUUGCUGCGAAAUUGAAGGACGAAGAACAGGGUGAUUCAGACAACAGCAUUGAACCGAGCCUUACAUCGGGGUUUCAUGGGGUUAAGUCCGAUAUACCAUUUUGUGCCAAGAAAAAGAAAAUGAACCAUCGGAAAUCUGGACAGAAAAUCUCCCAAAUGACGUCAAUCUGGUCCAAAAUGGCGAUCACGAACAUCCCGUCUCCGAAAAGCCCCAGAGUGCUCCCCAAAAAUGUUUCUGUUGUGAACAGAGAGAAAAGAAAGUCUCUCCCCAAUGAAAGCAUUCCGAGUGAUGUCUAUGGAGUUUCGAAGAAAAGACAUCAGUCCAUAGACUCUAGGAUGUUCGAGCUUCAGGAACAGCUGCGAGGUGGAAAUGCCGUAGCAGCGGCGACAGACACUGUCAUUUGUUCAAAAUCAGGGUUAGAGGACACAUCCAAAAGUCACGUUGACCAUCAGACGAUAGAGACAGUUGUUGAGGAUGACCCUAAUGGUCAGUUUGGCCUUCAGCCUCCAGUUAUAACUGUACAACAUUGCAGCCUAGACGCCGACGAGGAGAUAGAAGAUGACAUUGACGAAGAAAGCGUUCCUCACGAGGAAGCUGUGCUGCGACGGUCUGGUGGGAUGAAAGAGAGGCUGGAUGAACUAUUUGGCAAGCUCAACUCCAAACUGAAGCACAUCGAGGGUGGCGAGGAAUAUACAGAGGAAUCGGAAGAAGGGGAGAUUCCUCGAUCUACAUUCCUAAUGCCGUUCGAUUCCUCGGUGGAGGCGAUACAGCGGACUCAGAGCCAACCGGUUCUCUCAUCGAGAGACGAGAUAUCGGUCUACGAUCCUAGUUUCAGUAUCCACGAAUACACCUGCAAUAGUAUCGAUGACAGUAUGGUAGACGAUACGCCACAUGAUUCGGGUGAUUACGAAUAUCCUGUAGAGGAUGCAGAAGUAGAGAUCGAUGACCAAGACAUGGAGGAAAUGGUCAUGCAACGUCUGCAGGCUGCGAGAAACGAGGGUGCGGGUGGGCUCGAUGAAAUGUCGUCAGGAAAUGCAAGUACCGGUGCCGGCAGCGGAUCGAAUCUGUCAACUCGGUUGAACGUAGAUAGCGAUUCUGAUAUCGACCCAGAAGAUCUCGACUACCAGGCAGCGAGCGAGCUUGAUGAAGAGCAAUCUUCCGAGUUGGGCGACUCCUCAGGUCUCCCUGGUGGAAUCGAGAUAGCAGGAGAUGUGAGGGACUGUCGUAAGGCUAGUGGGUUCAGCGUCUGCUCCAACGUGUCUAUCUUGUCCAACCAAGGCAGCGUGUCGAUCUGCCACGACGGGAACAUCGGCAGAGCGCCCCCUGACGGGGACGAAAUGCAAGAACGGUUGGCACACACGAACGAGUGGGUGGAAGAGGAUCUCGGCAUGCAGGUGCCUCCCGCCCACCCCAGCUCGGAACGCUCUACGUCGUCAGCCGCCACCAUCGACAGCACGGAAACCGCCAGCGCUGAGGACGAAGACUUUGAGAUGAAGGCCUUGGGUUAUACUGGGGAUGAAGGGGAGCACAUCCCAGGAAUGGACGUAACAGAUUCAAACGAUAGACAAGCGGGACAAUUUCAGUUUCAGAUUACCGCCCACGAGGAAGAAGAAGAAGAACUGGAUUUGAAGCUGCCCUUGAACUUGCUUCACGAUUCCUCUGACGAAGAGGGUGAGGCGUACAGGAACUCUCAGAGGGGCGCCAACUUUUUGGGUGCAAGUGGAGACUUUGCGAGUGACAAAUGUAUGGACGGGUCAAGUCAUCACAACUAUACAUAUUCUUCUGACGAGUUUGAGGACGAUCUAGAUGUGAGUGGAGACUGUCAGGAGAUGUACAGGGAACGUUCUGAUGGCGAGUAUUCUGGGGAUGAGGUCGGUGUGAACAUCGGCGAGACGAUGGAAGAGAUGGGGGAGGAUAUUCUCCAGUACCUGUCAGAUGAAAUGGAAGAGGAAGGACCAAUGGAAGAGUGGGGAGAGGAAGAGGAGGAGGUGGAGGAAGAAGGUGAAACUGAGCCUGGACAAAUUGCCAGUUUCCGCACUGGUAAUGAGAACAGAAUUUGGAAAUCAGAAAGUCUCACAACUCUUCAAACUCCGAGAGAUGUUGUGUCCAACGGGCACUCAAGCCAUGAGGCGAUUGUCUUUUACACACCCAAUAGCGCCAGUGUUGCCGACGAUCAGGUAAAUGGAGGAGGACAAGAAAUUACUGCCGAGGACAGAGAGGCUUCCUGUGCACACGGCGACGAUGAGGAGGAAGCUUUAGCGGCAGUGACAGAAUCGGCCCGGAUCAGGGAGAGCUUCAAGGAGCACCACGGACAUAUCGACGACAAGGACAUCGUCCAUUGUGACAGCAUCCCUGACGGAGACAAUCUCCCGGACACGGACGAGUUUUUCAUCAGCUUCGAGUACGAUGAGUGCCACAGCCGGAGCCUGAGCUAUAGGGAAUACCCAGAUGAGGAUGACUCGGAGAUCGACGAAGAUGACGACGACGAGUUCGUCUUUCGAGAGUUUGACCCCCAGCCGUUCGACCUCCAACCGUUUGACCUUCAGUUACGUGACCUCCAUUCCUUUGACCCACAACCUCGGGACUCCCAGCAGCGGCCAUCCCUAGCUGAGCCUAACUCGCGCGCUGACCAGGUGCAGUUUGACUGUAAAGAGCUAGUGGACAAACUGCAUCAUAUCGGCGAUGUGUACGAGAAACGAGAACAGUUUGCGGGAAGUACCGCCGAGGCGUUGACAAGUUUUGGAAGUAACGCAGCAGGACUGAGUACAGACCGUGACGGAGAGUCGAGGAAUGAAAGUUUGGACUGGGAGUCGAGCGUCAACGACAGCGCUCCAAGCUCGGAAUUCAACAGCGUGGACUUUGAACUGAAGCAGAAUCUCCUCACUGAAAUCCGGUCGUAUUCUAAAUCCAAACAGCUGAAACAUAAGCUUGUGCAGGAACUGAAGUGUUUUGACACUGCUCGUUUAAAACAUCUAGAUGUCCAAGAAUUGGAGAAACACAAAAGCCCUGAGAGCGAUCCUCCAAACACAAAUGUCUUUUUUAGUCAAGUGGUUUUACAUCCAAGUACGGAUACCAUGGAAGAUGGCGAGCAAGAACUUCAAUAUCCUGAGCAGGCCGAAUCAGUGUUGAGUAAUAUGAAGCUAAUUCCCACCCCAGAAAUGGCUAUCAGGAAAGAUAACGCGUCUCUGUCCGUGAUCCAUAGCGGGAGAGAGCAGAAAUGCGUCUCGAAAGUUCUCUUGGCGGAAGAGAGGCUGCCAGAGCCUCAGAGGGAUUCGAGAAGAGUUUCCAUUGACGAGUCUGGUCGGAGAUUGUCCCUCUCAAAAGAGAGAAGAAAGAGUAUACGGUCAUUCUGGCAGCAGUUGGAAGAGGAAGAGAAGAAGAAAACAGAAAUGGAGGAGACGGUGAAGAAGAGGCCAGGUCGCCGAAGUGACCCGCGUUGGAAAAGUGACGUGUCCAGUCUGAAACAAUACCGCGACCUGUUCAGAGCUGAGACGGACAGCGGUCAAAAUGGCGGACGAAAACAGUCUGCAGGCGAUGUCCCACUAGAGGAUACGGCAAGUGCAUCAGUGGAGAAUACAUUUUCCAUUAACCGAGCCACGAGUAUUCAAAACACUGAUGGAGUUGGCAAUCGAAGAAGUUUCUUUGAGACCCAAGACGGACAAAGCGUGGAUUAUCGUGACGGAGCUUCGUCAGAGAUAAGAAGACAGAGCACUGACGCUGAAAGGCUGUCUCAAAACUUCAACAAUUUCGCGAGCGAUGCUUUCCAAAAAGUAAAGAAACAGCCCCCUGCUGUGGCACCGAAACCGGCCAAAUCUCUUGGAAAACUUCAGCAGCAUUUUGAACAACAAGAGCAGCAACAAGAAAAUAAUGCCCAUGUUUUCAGUCACGUAACAGACCCGCCUGAAAUCUCUUCCUCUGUCAGGGGCUCGUCAGUAGAUAGAACGUCUGUUCGAGAAAUGGCAAAGUUCCACGGUCAUUUGAACCAAACUAUAAGCAAAUUUAACGCGAACAGAGCGGCCUCAGAAGAGAGCGCUUCAAAAAAUUCCAAACCGUUGUCACAGAAAAAUGUAAUUGAUCACCAUGAAAACGUCAAACAGAGUCAUAGCUUCGGGGAGUCCACACCUCACCGUGAACUAAUGGCCGAACUAUCCAGUCGGUCAGUCUCUCAGGUGACCUCAACAACAACAGCACAGGAACAAACGGCGUUGUCCUGGAAGCAGGAGAGUUGUGAUUCAGAGGUCAAGCUGAGGCUCGAGAAAUCUUCACGACAGCAGAGCGAAGAUCGGGCAGUAUCGCCGUCCUCUAGUCGAGGUGCUCUGGACUCUCCGAAAGUAUACAAUCAACAAAACCUCAGAAACGCUAUAGAAAUGUCGGCGCUGAACGUUCUGGCAGAAAAUCUAUCUGCCCGUCAGUCGGACAGCGAGGAGUCUUCGCGUCUCCGAGCAGAGCUGGGGGCAGACAACUCUCCACGUCACUCACAGCUUGAAGCAGGACAAAGGUCAGAUCAUAGAAAGCCUGUUCCUGAUUUCAAGUUGAAUUCGGCUCAGGGUGUGGUCGACUUCAAGCCGAGUGUGAGCAAGUCAGCUUUAGGGGAGCAGAGAAAAAUCGCACCCCUUGCUGCUAUGACCUCAAGGGAUCUCGCCGAUGGCAACGAAUCUGAAGCCUCCAGUAAGAAAUCUAUGAGUAGAUUACUGGAUGGUGCAACAGCCGAGAACAAAAACACUGUAGAGCUCAACAGUUCAGUAGCCACUCAGUCUCUCGACAGUACCACAGACUCUAGUCAGGGGAACAAGAAGCCAAGUGCACCAAGGCCAAGGUUCAAUGCGAAAGCCUUAACCAAAACUCAAGACUUCCUACCAGCGUUUGCCGCGAAACUCGAGCGACCUGUGCAUACGCCACCACUGCAGGCGCCCCCUACUUCUCUAAUAGACUCGCCAGCCUCCACUUCCUUCACUGCUCGGAGCUCCAACUUGGUGUCGUCCAACUCGGGGUCAGUGACGAGCCUGUCUUCAGUCGGAAACGUCAGUACCGCUUCCGGUGUUGAGCCACACUCGAAGGAAAUGAAGACUUGGGUCACCGACUAUCUCAAAGAUAUGAUUGCGGAUAAACAUUUACGUUCAAUAGACGUCGAUUCGUUUGGUAGCAGAGUCGACUCUGAAAGUACUUCUGCGAAUACGUCAUUUUCAGCAAACACUUCAUUUUAUGGACAUUUGCCUCAACAUGUGCAUCCCAGCAAUCACAGCAACAAAGACAGAGAACAGGGCGUCGAUCCACUGAGAAAUGUUGAUGGUAAUAAAAAAGUGUCCGUUGCCGAUCGGAUUAAUAAGAUGCAAGAACUCAUGAAUUCCUCGAAGGAGUCAACGAAAGAGGUAGAGAAGCCUCACCCCACCCAGUCACAACAACAGUUUGCGUCGCUGCUUCAGAAUCGUCUAAUCGACGUGAUUGAACAAGAGGCGAACGAAGAGAAAGAAGAACGCCAGGAAAAGAAAAAGAAACCUCGCAAACCUCCCCCGGACAGCUGGGCCGCAGAGAGACAACGUCUGUUUGGGAAGAAGAGUCAGAGAGCCUCAGUUCGAGACGACUGGGAACCUGAGUCCACCUCCACCCCAUCCCUCUCCCGCGUCCCGACUCAGCAAUUCCUGAAGGUGGACCCUACUGCACAAGGCGAGGAUUCAAGACCUGAAGGAACCAGGACUGAAGACGGUGAUUGUACGGAUGGGGGAGACGCUAGCGGCAUGGCUGUGUGCCUGGAGAAUGACGCGUCAAAAACUCUUGAAAAUUUGUCCAAGUCUUUGACGCAGUCGGACGUCAUUAAGAUGAAUACGGUGCGCCGUGCGGCCAGUAGAAAACAGCGACGUCACACGAGUGGGGGCACCAUCUUCGAAGUCAUCGAGCGGUUCAACAGCACAGACUCCAGUGACUCCUCCGGCUCCUUCAGCACACCACCAAGGGAGAAAACUCGGCCUAACUCUCCCUGGAUUUCCAAAACCGGCACCUCUUUACCGGCCAGUCCUUUAGUUGCUGGUGUCAUUAACAAACUGUCGGAAAUCGAAACUGUCUCGGAUGAUACAAGCAGGAAGUCUGACGCUGUGCCGUCAGGGCAAACCAGAGCUGGAGUGAGCCAUGAAGAUCAAAUACGCAUGUCACACACUCUGGCAACAUCCAGUCAGAAGUCAGAGGUAAUUUCGGGGACGUUCGACAAACGCAUAGUUAGUGAACUGUUGAGGAAAGUUGAGUCUACGGAUGAGAGUGGUUCGGAGUCCCUGGGCUCUUCUCUCACAUUCCAGCCUGGGUUUUCUGGAAGAACCGUCUCGCCUGGCCAAAAAGUCUCAGAUAUGGUCAAAAUGUUAAACUCGAGCAGCCGAUCUAGUUCCAGUUCUUCUCUGUCCCUCUCAAUGGACAAACGACUCGAAGCUACUGGAGGAUCCAAAGUCUCAGAGCUGAUCAGCCGUGUUCAUAGUCCGUCUCGCUCGCCACAUUCUGCUGCUGCUCGCCUUCCGAUAGACAGAGCGAAACUGUUUGAUGACAAUACUCAACUUGCAAGUCCAGACGAAAGCACCCAAAGAUUGUCCAAACUAAAGAGAAUGGACCCGGAGAGAAGACACACAACUCAGGUGAAUAUGGCGGAACUCCGAGAGAAAUACACGACCAUGGGACAGAGAAAGGACACGCCCCCUUCCCAGAGUAAAGCGAUCUCCGCGAUAUACGCGUGCUCUACUCGUUUGGAAGAAGACAGCCGAGAAGAAAUCCAUAUGGAGACAGCCUCGGCUUCCCCCUUCCCUAGCGCUCGGAGAAGCUCGGUCACUCCGACCACUGAAGACCACCCCCAUGUGGCAGUGUCGAGUUACCGCCACGUGUUCACACCCUCGAGUGCCACUUCACCACGUCAGGCCUCCGUCAGCGAGAGCUUCACGGAGUCCCUGCAGGCUCAGGGCGCUCACAGCACGCCACAUACGUCACGGAGAGAGAUGGACGUUCACGAGGAUGACGUGUUCAGUCCACUUGGCAGCGCGCGAGUGCCAGAAGCGUACAACCUGCCUUCUGACCGCACACCUCCCCCAGCCUUCAAGUUCUCAGCUGCAAACUUUGAGGAGGACAUGUCGCGCGGGGAGUUGGCGGAGUCUGAGUCGUCAGAUACGAUCGACUUCUAUAAGAAACAGGCCGAAAUACGACAGCAGUUUGCAGACAGACAACACAAACGGGAGCUGGAGCAACAGCAACCCAGGCAUCAGUUACACGCAGCUGUACAGCACACAGGCCAACAACACACUUCGACUCAGCACACGAGUCACGUACAUACUGGUGCCCUGCGCUCUGAACAACAACAUCAGCAACAACAUCAGCAACAACAUCAGCAACAACACAUUUCACAGCACACUACUCAGCUACACACGACUGGCAUACACGUAUCCCAAAAACAAGCACAGCACACAGAUCAGUUACACACAACAGCACCUCACGCCGGUCCACAUUAUCAGGAGACAGGCGACACCUGUGACAGCUACACACAAGGUUCCGCCCCAGGCGUGCAUCAUCAGGAGUUCACCAACCCAGCGCCAUCUUUGCUGUCAACGUCAGGCGCGUCAUGUAUACAAACUGUCAGAACCCACUCAUUCCCUGAAACCAUAAUCGAUACUCGGACAGCCACAGGCCAUGUUGUGUGUCGAAUUCUCUCAGAGUCUCCACUGGAGCCUGACGAGAGCGGUAUCGGUUGGUCCGAUCAAAGCUUAGGCUCGAGUACUGUUAGUAUCGCCUCGGGUCCCCAUGACAGAUCCUCAGGGGUGCACCAUCAGUUGUCUCCCCCUGCUAAUAUAGGUUUGAAGCAUCGGGGCGAAAACACGAACUUUGUUAUCCCGGAAAUUAGGCAUAUGCCGCCGCCACCUCCACCUAAACCGUCUGCUGCCUUCAGAAAAAUGAGUCUGGAGGUGGACACAGCGCCUAGUGGCGCCCAACAUCUCCCUGGCAGCGUCCUGAUGUCGCCGAGACGAGCCAGCCAUCAUGACGUCAUGGUCAGCCACUCGACCAGCCACCAUGACGUCACACCCAGUCAGCAUGAGGCCGACCAGACCAGUCAUUACGACGUCACGUCUUACAGUAUGCCUGUGGCUACCGCAGCCGGCGCCAGCUCCACGUCAAGCCAAGAGACACACCCCAACCCAGUGACACACCCCCACCCCGUGACACACCCACACCACGUGAAACACACACACCACGUGACACACGCAAAAACCAACCCUACAGAUGAGCAUCAUGAACACUCAGGCCACGCCUCUCCCGCGCACGACACGCUUUCCCCACGAAGCGAUGGCCAGAGCGGAGCCCCCACCUCCGGUGGCUCAUCUCAAAGGCGAAGAAAAAGCAAAAGCAAAUUCAUGCAGGAGAUAGAAAAGAAACGAAACGUCAGCGAACCGAGUCCUUCUUCGAAAAAGUCGAAGCGGAAUGGCGGAAGAAAAAACUUUCUGAGCGCGUCAGACGCGACAGGGGAGUCUUAUGACACGCACCGUAAGGCCAGCGUCUUUGGGCCCACGGUGCAGAGAAAGAAAUCUAUCGGCUGUGUGGACGAUGAGGUGUCCACGAAUACCAUGAGAGGAUACUCCAAGCGGUUCGACGCGCUCUGGGCCAGGUUUGACCCAGAGCAGAAGGUCGAGGACGAUGGUGACGGUGGGUCAGGUGAUCAGGGUGAAGGGUCACUCCCUCCGCAUGGCGAGCCCUCGUCCCCAGCCAAAAGCCACGACGUCACAGACGAGAUAGAGCCACCACUGAAACAGAGAGAAAAGGUAAGUGAAAAGUAGGAAAAAGAGGGGGAUCGACCAAAAAAAAAAAAAAGCAAACUUCAGCAAACAACUUAGCGUUUCGGUUUCCCAACACAUUUCUGGGUUCACUUUCCACCUUUCUCCAGCCUGCUCGGUAGGUGUCUCUUGUGUCUGUGUGGGUUCCGCGAGUCGCUUUUGUCUAGGGUUGUGGCAGAUAGGAGUGAGAGAUUUUAUGACCGAUGAUUGAAGAUUUAUAGGUUUGUGUUCCUCUUUGCUGUUUCUGUU